AUGACCAAAGUUCUCCCCGUACAUCCCGUGGGUUGGGAUGAGAUGACAAGCCAUUGGUGGCAGUUUGUCACAAUUGGUGUGAUGGUUACUUCUAUAACCAUCGGAUUAGUAUACAUUUUUUGGUCUACAACAAAGAGGAUCCUCAAGCACUACAAGCUAAAGCUGCAUCCAGAGAUCGUCUCUUUACAAGUUUCUCAGCAACUUGCCAAACUUGCAACGCUACAACUUAAUCUGAAUGCCAUCAGAUCUGAAAAUCACAAGCCAUCCUCUUUUGGCGUCUAUCUGGGAGGCUUUGAGAGUCCAUCAACAGCAUCACAGGAGCGGAUUCUCAACCAGUGGGAUCUUUUAGUUGUGGAUCCUCUUCAAUAUGGGGUCCCAGAGGCCAUUUCAGCCCACAAAAAUCAUCUAGUACUGGGUAGGCUAGAUUUGGCUCAACUUGCCUCGCCCAAGAACUCUGAUCUAGCCAUCAUUGAAGCCAUCCAGACAUGCCUUCUCCAGAGAUUCUGCAAUACUGCAUUCAGCGGAGUUCUUUUGGCCAAUUGGGAAGAUGCCCUCACUGCAAUUGUUCAGCAGCAACUCUUCGAGGCCUUGCAUAGCCUACAGUUGGAUGUGUAUCUGGAGACUCACCCACCGGACUUCUUGAGAAAUCGACAUGUAUUAAGUAGUGCUGCUAUAACUGGGUUGGUCAUCCGCAAUGCCAGUAUCUUACCUUACGGCGAAAAGAGAGAUCAUUUCCAGAUGUCGAAACUUCAACCAACUAUCAAAGCUUUCGUUUCCGAGGCCUGUACAAGAGAAUUUGUGGUCGCUGCCUGGGAAACAGUGAACGAGGAUGUGACAGUUCCUAAUGCGGUUGUUCGUCGAUCACUUCAAUGGUGCAAUUUCUACAGUAUACUGCCAUGGAUUGGAACUGAUUCAGCACUUUACAACUCCAAGUUGAAUGUUCCAGUCGUCGAGCCACUUUCAGCUUUUAGUUGGCUAGGAGAAGCGAGAGUUAUGGAUUUUCACGAAUCCUGGCGCUCGAAUCUUAAGAUUUCUGCUGUCUGUGAUCAGGGAAUCGGAUGGGAUACUCUUCUACGGAUGUUUCCUUCAAUAAAGAGUUAUCUUCAAUCCGCUGGGAGCGAGCCAAAAUCUUCUGAAGAGGCAAUAUUCAGUUUACCUGAUUCUCAAGAAUGGAUGGCACGGAUCGGAUCACAGGGAAGCCCACUAUCGGCCACAAUGGCUGGCUGUGUUCCCGUGGGCUCUGACUCGAAUGAAAUUGCAUUUUCGAAAGUUCUGAAAUCCCAACAACACCUAAAAGAGCUGAAGCUUCUCCAGCCUGUUCCUUCUCAAGAAGUUGAGAAAAUUGGAAAAUCUCUCCGGAGCUUUCAGCUCACUAUCAUCGAUGAUCCCGGUGUCGAUACUGCGAUUGAAGAGCUUUCUGAUUUUGCGCUGAAUGGAUCACUAGAUGUGUAUUUUUCACUGGACUCUGGUCUGCGAAAGAACAAGGAUCAUCGGUUCUGGGCAGUCUCUCAGCUCAGGAAUGAUGGCGCUGAGAUUUUUGUUUCCAAGAACGCACAAGACAUAGCUGGAACUGUUCUUCAUACAUUUCUUUCCGGAAGAGGGUUUUCUCGUCAUACUUGCUUCCAAAUGGAAACUGAUCUGGCUAGAUGGUUGAAUGAUCUCGCUCCGGGUACUGCUCUGCCUCGUCGGCUUGUUCAGGAUAUCGAUGCUCUGAGUCCUCAGGAAGGAUUGAUGCUCCUUCAGAAUUUGUCACUAAAAGAUGUGAAAGAUGUCAUUUCAAGCCAAAUAUGCUCUCUCAUUCGUACAAAGCUCAUCGAUGCUGCUUCUGCAACGCAACUCAAGGAGCUUGACACGGUCGGCUUUCUCGAACAGUCUAUCUCACCAGAGAGUCUUGUCAGGAACCGAAUCAACUGGUACGAAGAACAACAAUGCAAACACCCUUCUUUCGAUACAUCCCUGGCUUUUUUCAAUGAGAUUGAUCGAAUUUUCAAUCAAAUUUUGAGGGACGGUCGAGAAGAUGACCUAGCGAGCAUCUCAGAAGGGCUGUCUCAGCUAGUACAAGACGGGAAGAUUGAUGCUUAUACUGAUAUGGCGGUUUUGGCGUUAAUUUGCGCGGCGAAGAAAUCCGCUUUUGACGAGAUCUAUACCGAAGUGACCGACCGGAACCCACUCUUCAACAACCAGUCGGAUCAGGCUGCUGCAUUCGCGGAGUCAUUUGCGCUUGGCUCACGAUGUGACGCAUACUUCGGUGUAUCCCCGAGUGUAUUUGGAAAACUGCUUUCCGAUCGAUUUCGUGCUUAUUAUUCGGUACAUCAACCGCCUAGCUGGGUCAAUGGGUCACCUGAACUGGCGACUGCCUAUGCUGGUGCCCAAAUUGAUGUCGAUCCAGAUGAAAAAGCCAAGCCGAUGAGGCCUUAUCAAAGGUUUACUUUCAUGAGCGUUUUUGCCAUUCCGGCCUUAAUCGACGUGCUUCUUAUCAGCUUCAUUGGGCGGGGACUGUACUUGUCUGCUUAUAUGACUAUCGAGGAGCAGGACAGUGCCACUCUGGCUUUGAUGAUCUCUCUGCUUCUAUCCGGUGCCAUUGGGACAUGGAUCUCCAUUGGUGGCCAUUACUACUUGAUAUCCAUGGCUUUUGCUGCGGCGAACAUGUUCGUUCUCAUUCGCUUCGUUGCGGGGAUUGCCAUCACGCUAGCUGGAGGAAUGAUUGGGUUCAUCGCAAUCUCUAUUGCCAGUAGCCCUCGAGCAGGUAUUGUGUUUUAUCUCUACCUAGUUUCGCUCACCAUUUACUUUUGUACUUUCGCUGCACUCGCCACUUUCAGUUAUCCUGGAUCUGCAUUCCUCUCGGGUCGCAAGGCGAUCAUCUUGUGCAUCCCGCUGCUGUUUUUAUCACCCAUCAUCACGACCUUUACGGGAUAUGACUCUGUUGUUUACAUUUGUGCUUUAUACGCCUUCGCAGGGGCACUUCUGUUUUGUCUGCGAUCUACUCUCUCUAAGUGGAUGACGUGGUACCAAUUCAUUCGAUGCACCGAUGAUGCUGAAAUUCGACAAUGGUACAUAUCUGCGCACGGCGAUGGCAAUGAAAAGGCCUUCGCCAUGAUGAGCGAUCCUGCUGUGCUCAAGCUAUCUCGGGAGACCUUACUCCAGAAUAUCCACUUGGAGAUUUCCUGUGGUUUCUUUUCUAAGAAAACAGACGACCGAUUGGUCAAGGAACUUGCGCGCGACUGGGCAUCUACAAACUUUCUUCUGGACUGGUAUUGCCGAUAUGCAGAUGUUUCAAGGCCAAUCCCGUUCAGUUCAAGUUGGAACAUUCAAACGAAAGUUGCUUUAGAUACUUUGCGGAACUCGCAAAAGGGUCUUCGCUUGCACAACGCCUUCGUGCAUUGGCGCCAGUCGAGCAACGAGAUAGGCUGUGGCGUUUUGUAUUUUGUUCUUGCUCUCCUUGACAAGUGGAUCCAAUUACUUUGUGGUGAUAAUCUGCUUGGGCUCACAGGAGCUGUGACGGAUGCGAACCGAAUGGCAGUCGGCCUCUCCAUGGCAUACUAUCUCAUUGGUGUUGUGUUGAUAGACACCAAGGCUCAACAAGUCGAUGAUGCUCUUGGUAGUCAAGAGCCCACCGGGAUCAAAACAGAGAAAUACAUCCGAGUGGUAGAAAAGAGAUUUGUCCGAUUUCGACGAGGAGUUUAUAGGAGAAUGCUCUUCAAAUUUCUUUUGUGGCAUGUCUGGAGUCUUGCGGUCGCGACAGCCCUCCUAUGGACAUUCACUUCUACGAAAGAUGAUAUGAUUAUUUUCUUCGCUGGCGUGAUUGCCUACACUGGUCUCCUCUGGUACCAAUAUAAUAAGAUAUACGCUGGUCCUUACGCCUUGAAACCAGCCAUUGUCGGCAUAUGUGCAGGCCUGCCAGUCGGAAUCGCGUUGAAAGUUUGCCGGCCUGAAUUUCUUUACUCUUCAGUAAUUGGCCUUGGUGUCGCAGCCUGGACUGCUGCUUUGCUAUCCUUGUGGAACGCAGGGAUGGCCAUGCCUUCCAAAAGCGUUUCUCCACUGAGUCUCGAUAGAACCUUCCACGCUCUUACAGCUCCUUGGUCUGAUCCUGAAUGGUCGCAGCAAGAGCUUCAGAAUUUUUUCGAUCGCAUCCUUUACGCAUCUCAUAAUGGUCGCAUUGGGAUACACCCUGCAACUCAUCCUGCUCUUGAGAUCAAGGCUAUAUUCCAAUCCCAUACAAAGGAUUCUGAAAUUGGAGAAGCAUUUCCACAUUUCAAGGACAUCAUUGACUUGGUCAUUUCAUUGUGGGACCAAGAAGAAAUCUGCGUGGAAUUAGUGCCAUAUGGCUCCUUGGGUUCCAGCGGCAUUCGAGCCUUGAGCUGCAACACAGAAGAUCGUCUCAUCGUGCUCGUCGGUGUCAGAGACUUGCAUAGCCAAAGGCUUGAUACCACAACCUGCCGAAUAAUCGCAAAAGCUUUGAUUCACACUGUUGCUGAGAUGAAGAUGGGUAUGUCCCAUGAGCACGCAUUGCUGACUGACACAAUCAUAUCUGGUGGUAUUGCGCAUGGCAUGGCUACAGAGCUUGAUGAAGCAAACACCUCGGUCGUUUUACAAUGGGCCAAGAAAGAGCUGCUCCGACAACUCUGUGUUGGGUAUGAUCCAGAUAUUCAUUGGGACAAGCUGCCAGUCUAUAUUCGACGAAUGCUGCUGGGUCGCUGUUUGGGACAACGAGUUGGCCUUUCUGAGGCCCACUGGGAGUGGCUUCAGCAAAAUGCUUGUCAGUCUGACAUGAUUGAUCUGGAUACGCAUAUAGCAAGAUGCAAUCUCGGCGUGACUGUUGCGCUUGGUGUACUUGACUACUGUCAAUCUGGCAUGAGAGAUACUGCGGCCAAGAAAGUUGCCGAGUGCCCUGAGUCCAUGCCGUACAUUCCCCGAACACUUCCUCUCCCACUCUCGCUGGUUCACACUCCCUUUAGCCUGGUCUAUCACAAGCUGGGCACCAUCAUCAAGUUCGUCGUCAUUGCACUUCUUGCAGAUGCUGAGUUCCAAAAAGAAUUUGACUUUGUUGUAAAGUCUCUUCCGAUGAUCAUAUGUGUGCCAGCAUCAUUCUUGCUGAGUACGACAUGGAACUAUGCCAAACUCUGUCAGGAUUUCUGUUUGUCUCUUUUUCUAUUCUAUGGGCGCAGGAAUGUCAAAAAACUAUGGGAUGAAACGAAAGGAGUCACCAUAAAUCUCGAAAGAAGCCGAAUUGUCAUUCAAAAUCUCGAGGGGACUUCCACUGCCUUUAAACAUGCUGAAUGUGAUGGUCGAUUCAAGGUAUAUCAAUAUGCAGGCGACCAUAUUGUCGAACCGACAGAGUCAAAGCAACUCAAAUACAUCAGCGAGUACUCAAGUGAUAUGUUUCUCAUUGCCAAGCAAGAGUUCAACGACAGCAAGCUGCUCAACGAGUACCACUACGACUAUCCGACUCCUUCAAAGAAAUACCUGAGGCGUGGAACUUCAAUGACCAAGCGCAUUCCGCUUGGCCGUCGAUGUGUGCAUGGCCAGAACCACCUUUUCAGUGUUCAAUACAACAGCAAGGGUCUCAUCGACACCGGGUCAUACAUGAAAGAUGGCAACCUUGUCCGUUUCAAGUACCAUCACCGGAAGAAGCCUGGAUUCGAAGACCAGCUCCUUCGAGCCGAGUUUGUCUUGCCUCACGUCGCUUGUGCAGUAGCAUGGUGUGCUUUACCUAGGCAUCAUCCUGAAAAAACCGAUCGAUGGGUUCCGCAUUCGAAAGUCACCGAAGGAACGUUCAUACAAGGUGCGGAUGUUUUCAUCAGUCGUUGGACAUAUGAUCACAAGUUCCAUCCAACCAUAUACACCACUCUCAACGGCAAAAGAGUGCAAACUCCUCCCAUGAUCGAGCAUGACUUUCUGGGUGUCCUUGCGAAGCCAAAGUAUACCAAUUUCAUGCACGAAAAUCCUUUCCUGUCUUAUGAUCAUCUCAAAUUCAGUUUGUUCGCUCACCUACUUGGACUAACGAAGAAACGCUUCACUGUUUCAUCCUCUAGCGCUCGAUCUUUGAUAUGGAGGGCAUGGAAAGAUUGCAAUGAUCUGGACGGCAUCAUUGUUCGCUGGAUGGAUGACCAAAUUCUGCGCAGAGACGAAGUUCUCGCUCCUUACUGGCGCAGCCGAGAUUGGGGCAAUCUCACUGCGGUAGAGAAGUAUAUGAAUCUCCAUGUCGAUGCAAUCAUGGCGAGCGCGGAUCUAGACGAUGAUGUAUCCGGAUGGACUCCACUGGCAGUGAAAAUCAGUGACCUGUUCAACUUUGGACCUGGUGGCGAUGCGGUGGUAACAACAUGCUCAAAAGACUUCUCUCCCGACACCGACAACGCCCUGCAUGUCAUGGCUGCAGAUACUGGGACAUGGCCAAACGAAGGUGGAGGGGUCUCUGCUUGUCGGCGCGAUAUGGUCAACUCGUUGCGCACAAUCAAAUGGCACAUGCUAUGUGAAUCAGCAAAUGACUUCGGCAUACCCAAACAUCAAACUGAACGGAAUAUCCAGUCCUUGAAGAUCAUUCCACUUUGGGGAUUGGAUUUUCUCACCCCGACUCAUGGCCUGUUUCAAAACAAGUUGGAUGCGGAGGUGAACAAUGCCACCACUUCCAGCGAACUGGAUAUCAAAAUGAAUUUCAUUCCGAUUCUGACUGCACUGGUCAAGGCAGCGCGAGCUGUGCAUAUCUCCAAGGCUGAUAUUCAACAAGCUACCAGAGCACUCGUCAAUCUCAACACUUACUUUCAAGAAUCUCGCCACUGGUCCCAAAUCUGGACCAGUGAGUUCGUCAAGCAGGCUUGGCGAGAUCUUUGGCUUAGUGAUGAAAUGCCAAAUUCGAUUCCAUCUACAGCGUGGUUGGACACUGAACUACCAACUCUGACGUCUUUGAAUGUUGCCCUUGAAUUGUGGUAUCGCUACCUUUUCAUCUUCUCAAUCCCAGUUCCAGAAAAGAUUCCAGAUGUUUUCCAGGCCUCACAUCAUAGUGUGAGUGCGUCGUAUGGUGUGGUCUGUAAGUUGAAAGGAGGGUGCACUCUUCAAAUCUGGGACCACGCCAUCAGUUGGCGAGAAACAAACAUCUGCCUCUCUUCUGCAUUGUGCAAGUUGUCACCUUUUGUUCGGAAUUCCCUUCUUGGCCUGAUGCGCAUCACAUCAGUAUUAUCCCUCCACCACGCAGACGUGAUUCUGCCCUGUGCGGAUUUCUUCAACCCGGGCUGGGAAACUGAAAUUGGUACUUGCCAAGGCACACUUGAGCACCGCAAUACCUUCCUUCGUAAAAUAGAUCCUGUCGUGAAUGGCAUCACAGAUAUGCAAAAGUUCACUCCUGUCGACAAGAUCAAGUCCCAGCGCCCGACAGUAACCAUGUUGUCUCAUGUGUGGUAUGCCAAGGAUAUCAAGACCGCCCUACUUGCUGCCGACAUCAUCAUCAAUCAGUGGAAAUUUGAUGAUUAUCAUCUGGAAAUUUACGGUGCCAUUGAUAAAGCGCCAACCUACUCAACUGAGUGUCAAGAGAUCAUUGCAUCCAAAGGUCUCCGUGGUAGAGUCACACUCCGUGGCACCGCGGAUCCCAUGAAAGUACUCGAAAGGACAUGGCUUUUCCUCAAUUCCUCACUUUCCGAAGGCCUACCUCUUGCACUCGGUGAAGCAGCUCUUACAGGUGCCCCAGUCGUCUGUACCGAUGUAGGCGCAUCUCUACGAGUACUUAGUGAUCCAGAUGAUUUAUCCCGCUUCAGUGCAGUGGUUGCUCCGAACGACGCCUUAUCUCUCGCAAGGGCCCAGAUUUCGAUGCUCGCGUUGCUAGGCGAGUGGAGUCAGUACGCCGAGGAUAGCGAACCUCCACCAAUUCUCACUUCAUCGCCCACACCCGAGGACGUAUCCAAGAUUACUCGGCGUAUGUACGAGAAAAGUCAGCAAAGACGUGAUUUGGGUAUGAGAGCGCGCCAGAUCGUACAACGAUCUUUUAGCGGCGAGCGGUAUCUGCGUGAGCAUGAACAGAUGCUGUGGAUUGGUAAAUUUACCAAGAUGAUGAGUGAUCCAGGAGGUGCUACAACAGAGCCUGUGAAAGGACUGGACCAGGACAAGGCUCAUCAGGAAGCCAUUGCAGUUCCUCCCAAAGCGGUGCAUCUCUGGCGUUCACCGUCCACAACGCUUGUGCAAUCUGGGUUGAAUUCUUUCUCGGUUUCCGGGAGGGAGCAGCCACAUGGUCUGCGACGGGAAGAUCUGGUUCAGUAUUCGAACUCGGAUGUGAGUUUGAUUAUGAGCCAGGAUGUCCUUCGCUCUGGUAUGCUUUGGAGUGGAUAG